AUGGCACGCGAGCUCGUUGUGCUAGCCCUGGCUGCCUUGGCCGUUGUCGGCUCAGUCUCGGCCUCGGCAUCAGCGCCCUCACCCUCGCACUCGCCUGCCUCCUCCCCGAAGGCCUCACCAUCCCCCAAGGCCUCCGCUCCUUCUCCGGCCUCAUCCCCCAAGGCAUCGGCUCCUUCCCCCAACCAAAUCUCCACUGCCCCCUCAGGCUCCUCGACCGGCUCCCCAUCCUCGGCCCCUUCCGUUGCUGAGACCCCCGAAUCCGUGAUCUCAGCCUCCCCCACCCCAUCGGCCGCCGCCGGGCCCAUCGCCGACGGUCCCAGUGACAGUGCUGAUGAUACCCCUGCACCCGCCCCCGCGAAGAACGGCGCCUCCGCGCUCCAAAUCUCCGCCUACACCGGUGCCGCCGCCGCCGCCGCCGGAUACCUCUUGUUCUAA